AUUUACGUAUUUAUUUCAGGUGAAAAAUAAAAUAGCCAAACAGGAUAUAUAUACACAAAACCGUAGCUUUUGUACUUCUCUCUCUUUUCGUCUGGUCAAUCUCCAUAACGUCCUCAACAACUCACUGAGAUUCUCCUGGAAAAUCACGCAUCCCAAGUAAUGGCUGGAAGUGUCGAGGUUAUUGUGAAAGAGCUGAAUCUUGAGAAUGUGGAUCCUUUGCCUGAGGAUUUUGAUACAACAGCUAUUAUUAAAGACCCUUUGCCCCCUUUAGCUGAUGAAGCUCGAGAGAGCGUCAAAAGUGGGGAAAAUGGGGUAGUCAUGAAAAAGGAGAGGGAGAUUGUACUUGGAAGAAAUGUCCAUACUAUGUGCCUUGAGGUUACGGAACCCGAUGCUGAUGAUGAGGUUACGGGAGAAAGGGAGGCGCAUAUGGCUAGCGUGUUGGCUCGAUAUAGAAGGUCUUUGCUUGAGAGGACUAAGCAUCACUUGGGUUACCCGUAUAACUUGGAAUUUGAUUAUGGUGCACUGGGACAAUUGCAACACUUCUCAAUUAACAACCUUGGAGAUCCUUUCAUAGAGAGCAAUUAUGGUGUCCAUUCCAGGCAGUUUGAAGUUGGUGUACUGGAUUGGUUUGCUCGCCUAUGGGAAUUGGAGAAGAAUGAAUACUGGGGCUACAUCACGAACUGUGGCACAGAAGGAAAUCUUCAUGGUAUAUUAGUCGGGAGGGAAGUAUUUCCUGAUGGCAUCUUGUAUGCAUCGCGUGACACACAUUAUUCUAUAUUCAAAGCAGCACGAAUGUACCGCAUGGAAUGCGAAAAAGUCAACACCUUGACCUCGGGGGAGAUUGACUGUGUGGAUUUUAAAGCCAAAUUACUUUGUCACCAGGACAAACCAGCAAUUAUUAAUGUCAAUAUUGGAACAACUGUAAAAGGCGCGGUUGAUGAUCUUGAUCUUGUUAUAAAGACCCUUGAGGAAACUGGGUUUAGCCAUGACCGGUUUUAUAUUCACUGUGAUGGUGCUCUCUUUGGCCUCAUGAUGCCUUUUGUCAAACGGGCACCAAAAGUUUCAUUCAAAAAGCCCAUUGGAAGUGUCAGUGUGUCAGGUCACAAAUUUGUUGGUUGUCCAAUGCCCUGUGGUGUUCAAAUAACAAGAUUAGAACACAUCAAUGCUCUUUCCAGGGAUGUGGAGUAUCUUGCUUCUAGGGAUGCAACUAUCAUGGGUAGCCGAAAUGGGCAUGCUCCUAUAUUCCUUUGGUAUACUUUAAACCGGAAAGGAUACAAGGGGUUUCAGAAAGAAGUUCAGAAAUGCCUGAGAAAUGCACAUUACCUAAAGGGCCGCCUUAGAGAUGCUGGAAUCGGGGUGAUGCUAAAUGAACUGAGCAGCACAGUGGUAUUUGAGCGCCCUCAUGAUGAAGAAUUUAUACGCAAGUGGCAGCUAGCUUGCCAAGGGAACAUUGCUCAUGUCGUAGUAAUGCCCAACGUCACCGUUGAAAAGCUCGAUAAAUUUGUGUUUGAACUCAUUGAAAAGCGUGCUACUUGGUAUAAUAAUGGGACAGUUCAGUCGCCCUGUGUUGCAUCCGAAUUAGGUAAGGAGAAUUGUCUUUGCAAUUUGCACGGAUAACCAUGAUGGUAGUGCAUUAGUGUUUUUGUUGGCAAGUUGCUUUCAUUAAAUUUACUGUACUAAAACCAUUUGUUUUUGCUACUGAACGCAUUUCAAAUGUUCGGACAAUUUAGUUUUGCUGCCUUGUCCUUUAAGAUUCUUCUCUUAGUGACUUCUUAAAUUUUGACCUUUUUUAAUUGUAUGUCGACUUGUUUUAGCUAUUUGAAUCCUGUUUUUGCA